AUGUCUCCGGUAGCAACCCAGGUUUGGACGGCGGUACUGCUACUUGCAACAAGCCUUCUGGCAGCCAUUUCCGAGCAAGCGCCUUCUCCUCCGCCCAUUACCAUUAAACCAGGCUGCCUCGCCGAGUGCGCGGGCAAAAGUAUUCCUUACCCCUUUGGCACUGGUAAUGGUUGUUUCCUCCCGGGCUUCGAGGUCACCUGCAACAACACAUUCUCUCCACCUCGGCUGUUUCUGGGGUCUUCCUUAGCCACCGGAGCUAUCCAGAUUAUCACCGGCGGGAACUACUCCAUCGCUGAUGUCAACCAUGAAACCAACCCUAGCGACAUGUUUGAUAAAACACCAAUGGAGGUCGUGGAUAUCUCGGUCUCCCUGGCUGAAGUGCGGCUAUAUGCUGCGGUCAGCACUGACUGCAGAGUAGACUAUCCCUACCAUUCUUUCAUCCGAGAAACAACAUUUGCCCCCUUUGAUCUCCAGGGGCCUUUCCGCAUCUCUUCAAGCCGAAAUGAUCUCAUCGGCGUUGGCAUGAACGUCGUUGCUAUCUUGUCCGAGUCGUUACGUGGUUCGGGGACCGUUGUAGCCACCUGCCAAUCCCUGCUAAAUAGUGGAUACUCGACAAUCCCUGAUGAUGGUCCGUGCAACGGACAAGGCUGCUGCAAGGGCGACAUUACCAAAGAACUCGGACAUCUGACGGUCGUAGCUGAUAAUAUGAGAGAAAACUGGGGUCGCACUGUUACCACAAACUGCUCCUUCACGAUGCUGGUGGAGAAGGGGUGGUACAACUACACCUCAAAAGAUCUCUACGGGGGCGAGGUCUACCUAAGCAAUAAAUUCCAGGGAGGCGUCCCACAAGUAUUGAACUUCGCCAUUGGGAAUGGAUCGUGUCCGUUGAAAGGACAGGUACCAACCCCGGGCUAUUUGUGUCUCAGCGGCAACAGCAAGUGCAUCGACGCAACCAACAGGACCGGGUAUGUGUGCAAGUGCUUCGACCACUACGAUGGAAACCCAUACAUCCCUGGUGGAUGCCAAGACAUUGACGAGUGUGUACUCAGAGAGCAGUAUCCCGACUUGCGAGCUAAGUAUCCUUGCUCCAGCAGUGGGGUCUGCAAAAACCGGGUAGGAGGAUACGACUGUCCAUGCAAGCCUGGAAUGAAAGGUGAUGGCAAAACAGGAACCUGCACUGAGAAAUUCCCCCUGCCAGCUAAGGUGGCUGUGGGUGUUGUAGGUGGUCUUUCAAUCAUUGUUGUUCUUGUGCUCAUUGUGCUUUUCCUGAAUGAGAGAAAAAAGAUGAAGGAACGUUUCCUAAAAAAUGGUGGCCCUAUGCUGCAAAAAAUUAGCAACAUAAAGAUCUUCAAGGAGGAUGAGCUGAAGCGAAUUACAAAAAACUAUAGUGUUACUCUUGGAAGUGGUGCAUUUGGUGUGGUAUACAAGGGGUUUCUUGGUGACGGACAAUUUGCUGCUGUGAAGAAGUCCAAAUCUCCUAAUAAAGCAAAGAAAGCCAAAUCCCUCGAAGAAGGAGAGAACGACCAGUUCGCCAAUGAAGUCAUCAUCCAAUCAAAAGUCAUCCACAAGAACAUUGUGAGGCUCAUAGGUUGCUGUCUUGAGGUUGAUGUUCCUAUUUUGGUCUACGAGUUUAUCCUCAAUGGUAGCCUUGAGGACGUUCUCCAUGAUACAAAGAGCAAGGUUCAUCUCACAAUGGAUCAACGUAUAGUCAUUGCUGCAGAAUCAGCGGAAGGUCUGGCUUAUAUGCACUCGAAGACGUCUCACAACAUCCUACAUGGUGAUGUUAAACCUGCGAAUAUACUUUUGGGUGAUAAUUACGUACCAAAAAUAUCGGAUUUUGGAAUAUCAAGGCUAAUUGCCAGAAGUAAUGAUGAGGAGAGUGAUCAUGUCAUUGGUGAUAACAAUUACAUGGAUCCAGUCUAUCGAGACACUGGCCUGUUGACCAACAAGAGUGAUGUUUAUAGUUUUGGUCUUGUUCUCUAUGAGCUCAUUACUGGAAACAAAGCAGACUGUCGUCAUGGUUGCAGCUUGGUAAUAAAUCAACUGGAGAGUUACACAACAGAGAACACAACAAAUCUGAGGCCUUUCAUACAACCCAAACAAGGCAAAGACAGUGAGCUUCUCCAAAGUCUUUCUGAGAUUGCCAGAGAGUGCUUACAGGGUGAAGUGGAUCAAAGGCCAGAGAUGACAGACGUAGCCGAACGUCUCCAAAAUAUCAGGAAGUGGUGUGCUACCAAAUCGCCCUCUGCAUAG